AUGACCAUGAGUCGUAACUCAAUCGAAUCGAGUUCACCGCGGGGGUCAAAAUGCGACGGAAAACCGAUGGCCAGAUUGAACAGAUCGAUGUCUGUUCAUUCGGCAGACAUUUGCCGAAUCUGUCACUGCGAAGUGGGAGAAGGGAAACCGGAUAGUAACUUGAUUGCGCCCUGUUACUGCUCUGGAUCUUUGCGUUUUGUGCAUCCCGAGUGCCUUCAGUUAUGGAUCAAGGCGUCGGAUAUCAAAUCUUGCGAAUUAUGUCACUUCGCUUUCAUCAUGAACACGAAAACGAAGCCAUUCUCUCAGUGGGACCGCCUGGACAUGAGUACUAUUGAAAGAAGGAAAGUCCUCUGUUCGGUAACGUUUCACAUCGUGGCAAUCACUUGCGUCGUCUGGUCCCUGUACGUGCUCAUCGACCGCACGGCAGAAGAGGCCCGCUCGAACCACCUGGAGUGGUCCUUUUGGACGAAGCUCAUCGUCGUCGCCGUCGGCUUCACCGGCGGCAUCGUGUUCAUGUACGUGCAAUGCAAAACCUACGUGCACCUCUUCAAAAAGUGGCGGGCUUUCAAUCGCGUCAUAUGCGUCCAAAACGCGCCGGACAAGACGGUGUCCGUGUUGGUGGCCCUCGACCCCAUCGGGCCAGACAUAGGCGGCGUUGAGAAGACCACUGUGUCGUCUGGGGACGCCGAACCGUGCUACGAGUCUGUGGUGAGUGUGCACAACGCGGAGAGGGAAGAGGAGCCGAAGGUGGAUGUGCACCGUGUCGACGAUGCGUCCAGCAACAAAUCCGACGACGAGGACGAAUCUGGAGAGGCGCCUCUUUGCACCACGAUGCCUGUUUGAAGCCUUUUUUUUCCCCAACACACAUACCCGUAAAUUCUGCUCGGACUGCAUGUCUGAGCUUUUUUUUUGUUUCCGUUGAUGCUCAUUUUUCACGCUCUUUCCAGCGUCGUUGAAUCCCUCAUGUCAUAUUUUUAAUGUGGUAGGUUGAAGGGCAUUCUCAAGGGCUAUUCCGAUCUUUCUUACUAAGCGUUGAUUAGGUUUCUGUUGGCUGAUCAUAUCGAUCGAUAAAGGGUGACCUGAUGCGAUGGAAGCAAAGUGAAUAUCCAUUUAGCCGGUGUAAAGGUGCUCAGAAUUUAAAAUUUUCUCGUUCGAAAAGCAACAUUCAAACUCUCUGUCUAAAAUCACCCUUUUGACCCUUUAUAUUCCCGCAUGUUGCGAGUCAGUGAUGUUUACGUCCAGCUCAUAGGUGUCGCUUAAUUGUUAUGAUUUAAUAUUGGUUAUACUGUAUUAGGUUUUGAGGUGACACCUCGAACCUGAAUUAUGUUUUCAAGCUUGAAAAGUUAGAGUGAAACAUAGGCCAUAAUGGUUACUUCAAGAAUAUCGAAAUUUUCACGCAGUUAGAAAUAAUUUUCCUGUAGAAAGUCGGCAAGCAACUGUCAUGCAUUUUUCCAUGCCCGCAUUCUUUUUUCUCUUACUUGAAAUUCAUGGACGGAAAUGGCUUAUUUUCGAAGCCAUUGGCUUUCUCUCGCUAAAUAAACAUAGACUAUUUUAAAUCUCAAUGAUUAUGUUUUGAUCGAUCCAUAAUUCUUACAUUAUGAUCGAAAUCGAUCAUUUUCGCAAGAAGUCGAAUAGUCAAUACCCUGUUUCCGCCGAGUCGAAUGUGAAUAGUUCAGCUAGCAGAACUUUUGUCGAAUAAUUCGCAGGUAUUUUCAGAGAGAUUUUGAUGAUAGUGUCAUUUGCAUAAGUUGACACUGACUAGUUGAGUUGAUGAAGUUGUGUAUUCAUGGCAUGAUGGGUACUGGUGUGAGCGUGAAAAAGAAUUUUGAUCCCUCCUGAAGUUUUGGUAUUGCAACUGCUCUUCCCACUGGUCAAGUUCACGUGCAUUUAUCUUUUUUUAUUGAAGGUACGUGUAGGGAAAUUUUCCUUUCUUUGUUGAGUUUCCGUGAUUGAGGAGCUUCUUGGUGAAUUGCAGACGAUUUGUCACGGUUGUACAAGGCGUGAAAUUUGUUUGGUUUUUUGACGUAUUUCUUUGGUUAAUUUGUUUUUUAUUGAUUUUAAGAGUUUUCCUCACGAUUGCCGUGAUCCGCUGUUACUGGAAACAAAAUUACAUUGGUAGUUGAAACAUUGAAAUGUUGCCUGUGAUAUUCGAUUAAGUGCGUAAAAAAAUUUUUUUAUCUCGUUUAAAGUUCAAUAUAUCUUGAGGAAUGCAUUGAUCUCGAAUACUUUUUGAAUUUAAAAGGUGCCUUGAUGCAUUGACAAAUUUCAAGUUCGUUGUACCGAGAUUCGAUUCCCUCCUGCGUGAUCCGUGGGAAGAGUGGUUUGCUAUCAAAAUUAUAACUCGACUACUGUAGUUGGAGUAUACUUUUUGCUGUGAUUCCAACGCAUCCGUGUGAAGAAACAUUUUUGUGAAGUUGAGAGGAUGUGGUUGCUUUCGUCGUCAUGUUUUUCGCUUUACGGAAAGUGGGAUUUUUUUCCAUGGAACUCACGAUUUUUAAACGCUGCUUGGAUUCACGAGGAGAUUAAUGAGUGUUACUUCCCAUGGACUCGCCAUUCAGGAACGAAAUUCGGCGCGUUUUACUUCUUUUUUGCAAAUCUUUCUUGAACGUCCAGGUUGUGAAAGGAUUGUGGAGCAUGUUGGGUGCUUGGAAUUUCCCCUGUGAAUUGCAUCAAUUGCCGUGAAUUGCAUCAACUUUCCGGAAAAUCUAGUCAGCUUAGACCCCGUUUUGGAACGAGGGUUCUGAAUAAUCGUUGGGCUUUCUUUUCUCAGUUGUCCGUGUGUUGGGAGGAUAACACGAACUGAGAGAACGGAUUCGUGUCCAGUUCAUGUACCGUCUGCUUCAAUGGAUGCGUGAAUUUAAUUUUAAAUUUUACCGAAAAAGAAAAAUAAUUCAACGGAAAAAGUACUUUACUUUCUCAUAUUACCACUAUAUUUUCUCAACUUGGUUCGGUUUUGUUCAUUCCGCAUAUUAACGCGAAUAUAAGACAAUUCUAAUUUGUACCUGAACUAAUCGGGAUUCAUCUUAGAAUUGAAAGUGUUGAAUCUAGAUUCAAAUUCUAGUUUAUACCCUGGCCAAAAAGUGUGCUCUCAAUCAAAAGAUUAUUAUACUGUAUUAUGAACCUCGUGAUUUUUGAAGAUCAGAUUAAUUUUAUUGUAAAUUUACGCUGAAAAUUGAAAGUUCGAAGUUGAAAUCUAAUAUUAAAAAAAGCAAUUGUCUAUGACUUAUUUUCUUGUAGAUUUUUAUGAAACCAGGUUAAUUGCAUGAAAGAAAAUUGAAGUGACCCUCUGAUUGCAGGUUUUAAUGGCAGUGUAUUGUGUGUUUUAAUGAAUAUCAGUCUUACAUUCGUUCUAUUCUGUACUGAAGACUUCUUGGUAUACGUAAAGCGACUGAGUAUUCGUUUCAGAUUUGCCAGUCAUUUUUUGUUGAAAAUGCUGAAAAUUUGAGUUUUUACUUGGAAAUGCUUCUUAUUUUCGCGUAAAUUCGAAGAUUCAAUUUUUUAAGUUUUCCAUUGUUUCGAGGGGAAACAAUUUGAUCGAACAAAUAUUUGGAAGAUAUGUCGAGCUUGAAACAUUUGCUGGCCACUUUUUCUUAUGACUGGAACUGGCUACUUCGUUGAAUUUUAAGAGCCAUCACUAAAUACAAUACUGUACUUGAUUAAUACUUUCGAAACGAGCUUUCCUUUUGUGAUGCGUUGAAAAAUGUAUUCUUUGUAUGUCCGUUCAAACGACGCUGAUUUUAUUUUCCAAUUUGAAUUGCACUUUUUUUUGACUGUGUUGUGUUUUCUUUGAUUGAUUGAUUGAUUCUACUGAGCCGGCAUUUCUUUUCCCCGCGAGGAAUUUCAUGAAUAUGCAGAUCUCGUGGCCUUUUUCCUUAGUUGCUGCUGGUGAAUGUUGCAGAAAACAUACAGGAAGAUGUCUUUUCCCCCUUGCAAACGCGGUACGUCGUUUUUUUUUUUUUCAAUCGGAAGCGAGGAAUCUACCAAUAAAUAUGGUUUGUGUUAGUGGCUAGUCUCGAAUGGCAUGAUUUGUGUUUUUGAUAUCCGGCGAAAGUGAACUUACGGGGGUAUUCUGGAGUCUCUGAAUGGAACUGAAACUGAAUGCUUCAUUUUCACUUUUUCCUUGUUUCACGUGUUCAGUGUAUUGGCAAAAAAACGUUGGGUCU